GGGUGUGUUUCCCUUUAAGCGCUCCUGUGAGCAGCAGAAAUCAGCAGACGUUGGAGGGGACGGUCGGCCUCGGCAGCUCGGACAGCCGUGCAGGAUGGACCGAUAAACAGCUCUGUUCGAAGCGAUGUUCAGAUUUUUUUGCCAUGGAAAUGGAUAUGAUACCGAAAUUCUCCUCAAAAGAUGAGGAAAUCGACUUUUGGAAGACUCUUUCCUUCAAGUACAAGAAAAGCUGUGAGGAGGCUCAGGAGGAGCUGCUGGAGUUUCAGGAGGGGAGCAGGGAGCUGGAGGCUGAGCUGGAAGCACAGCUUGGCCAGGCCGAGCAUCGAAUGAAGGACCUGCAGUCUGAGAACAACAGACUCAAGAAUGAGGCUGAAACUCUCAAGGAGAAACUGGAGCAGCAGUACUCUCAGAGCUACAAGCAGAUCUCCAUGCUGGAGGACGACCUCGGCCAAACGCGCAGCAUCAAGGAGCAGCUUCACAAAUACGUCAGAGAGCUCGAGCAGUCCAACGAUGAUCUGGAAAGAGCCAAAAGAGCAACUAUCGUGUCUCUUGAGAACUUCGAGCAGCGUCUGAACCAGGCCAUUGAGAGGAAUGCCUUCCUGGAGAGCGAGCUGGAUGAGAAGGAGUCGCUGCUGGUCUCGGUGCAAAGAUUAAAGGAUGAAGCCAGAGAUUUACGGCAGGAGCUCGCCGUGCGAGAGAGGCAGGCAGACGUAACCAGGAUGUCCGCUCCGAGUUCACCCACACAGGAUAACGUGAAGAUGGACACGGCUGUGCAGGCCUCCCUCUCCCUGCCGGCUACCCCACUGAGCAAAGGUCUGGACAACGCCUUUGCCAACCAAACAGUGCUAUCAAAUGGCUAUGGCAGCAACUCGCCUCUGACCCCCUCGGCCAGAAUAUCAGCCCUCAACAUUGUCAGUGAUUUGCUCCGGAAAGUUGGGGCUCUCGAGUCGAAGCUCGCCGCCUGCAGGAACUUUGCCAAAGACCAGAAAGCUCGGAAGACGUUCGCUCUCGACAACAGCAACGCGCUAAAUGCAAACUACUCCCAAGCGCUCCAUACGUCAUAUUUUGAUAAAGCGACUGAGAUGGUCAUAUUCCCUGCAUUAAUUUGGGCAGGACCGUGAACGGACUCGAAGCUGGUACCCGGAUGGCCAUCACUGCGCCUCCCGCCGCCUCCUCCCACGGUUUAGUGCCCCUGGCUUUGUGACACCAACAUGAAACACAACAGGAAGAGAAGGCGCAAAAAGAGGGAUCACGAAAGGCUAAUACUGUAAAACUUACUGUUACUGUGGCUCAUCUCCUCGUCUUCCCGCGCUGCCUCUCUCUCUGUCUGUCCUCACUUGUGCUUCGUUUGCUGUAAAUUAGUCUGUAUAUGAUGUGUUACUGUAUCCACUGUUUGCUCACAAAGACUGUUAAAGCCCCCCCUCUGCUUUUUUUCCCUCAAGGAUCUCCCCUGACAUGUGAAGUGGUUUCUAAGAAUGGCAUAUCAUCUGGAAAGGGAAAUAUUAUGCAGUUAGUCUUGGAAAUGAUGAUGAGUUGCUUUUUUGUUUUUAAAACUAAGCAGCCUCUUCACUGAUCUUUAACUUAAAUUACUUCAGUUAAACCACUGCUGAACCCUCUAAUUAUAAAAAUCAGCAGGUUUAUUGGAUGCAGAUGUCCUAAAUAACUGUGCCAUGUGGCCUGUGACUCCACCAAUUAUUGAGGUUUCCAAGAGCCUUUCCAGGUAGUGAUUUUUGGGUGAUUCUGGCUUUUGGCGCCAUCCUCGUGCGCUUGUAUUUGACUUCUUAUUUAGUUCCACAGAGUCGGGAGUUUUUCAGUGAGCCAAACACACCAUGUAACUUCUGAACCGUGUGACAUGACGUGUACAGUAUUGGUCAUAUUGAUCGUUAUUGACAGGCAGCCAGUUAAAGUAGUGCUGUCAUAGUGUUCGGACCAGUUAACCAGCAUUCUUACAGCCUGUAGUCGAAACGUUUUAUCCACAUUUUGUUCUUUGAAUUGAUGCACAAACCUUUCUCAGUUGCAAGUGAAGCACUUUGACCUUGUUUUGUUUUUUGUUGGGUUUUUUUGUUUUUGUUUUUUUUGUGUUUUUUUUCAUUCGAGUGCAAUAUUGCCUGUUUGUGGGUUUAAUUUAUUUUAAAUUUCUUUUAUAGCAUGUUUCAAUAAAAGAUGUAAUUAUACCACA